AUGUACAUAUGGCACAAGACGUUGUUAAAUAGCUAUACUAAGACUAUUGACCCGGUUACUGGACCUUUGCCCUUGGUAACGGCUCUUGGGCCUUUUACCUGUCCUUUACCCUUUUCUCUAGCCGGUCCUGUACUUAGGAUACGUGUAAGAGAAGAGCUAAAUUGCAGCCGGAGUAAAGGACUCAACAAGAAAGAGCUCCUGUUGCUAAACGAAAUAGGAAUCCGAGAUAGCUGUAGAAGAGGAGAACUAGCUAAACGAAAACAAGUCGAACCAGGAGCCCCGAGAAGAGCUGUACUCAGAGAAGGGUUUAGUUCAUGGUUUCGGUAUCCCGCAUCCCGCCUUUAG